CCCGUCACCUCCCGCCUCUCUUCUUUCUCUCCUCCUCUUUAAACUUUCCUUCUCUUCCUCUCGAGUGAGUCUUGACAAUUGCAUCUUCUGCAUACGUUAGUACAAUGGCGACUCGACAGCGAACUGCCACCACUGUUGUGGUCGAGGACCUCCCCAAGGUAUGUCGGUCAAGCAGCUCCCCUCAUCGCACCCUAACUCGUGCCCAGGUCACUCUUGAGGCCAAGUCUGAACCUCAGUUCCCCGAUAUCAAGACCAUCAAGGAUGCCAUUCCCGCGCACUGCUUCCAGCCCUCGCUCGUCACCUCAUUCUACUACGUCUUCCGCGAUUUUGCCAUGGUCUCUGCCCUCGUCUGGGCAGCUCUCACCUACAUCCCCAGCAUUCCCGACCAGACCCUCCGCGUCGCAGCAUGGAUGGUCUACGGCUUCGUCCAGGGUCUCUUCUGCACCGGUGUCUGGAUUCUCGGCCAUGAGUGCGGCCACGGUGCUUUCUCCCUCCAUGGAAAGAUCAACAAUGUGACCGGCUGGUUCCUCCACUCGUUCCUCCUCGUCCCCUACUUCAGCUGGAAGUACUCUCACCACCGCCACCACCGCUUCACCGGCCACAUGGAUCUCGACAUGGCUUUCGUCCCCAAGACUGAGCCCAAGCCUUCCAAGUCGCUCAUGAUUGCUGGCAUUGACGUCGCUGAGCUUGUUGAGGAUACCCCCGCUGCUCAGAUGGUCAAGCUCAUCUUCCACCAGCUUUUCGGAUGGCAGGCGUAUCUCUUCUUCAACGCUAGCUCCGGCAAGGGCAGCAAGCAGUGGGAGCCCAAGACUGGCCUUUCCAAGUGGUUCCGAGUCAGUCACUUCGAGCCUACCAGCGCUGUUUUCCGCCCCAACGAGGCCAUCUUCAUCCUCAUCUCCGAUAUUGGUCUUGCUCUUAUGGGAACUGCUCUGUACUUUGCUUCCAAGCAAGUUGGUGUUUCGACCAUUCUCUUCCUCUACCUUGUUCCCUACUUGUGGGUUCACCACUGGCUCGUUGCCAUUACCUACCUCCACCACCACCACACCGAGCUCCCUCACUACACCGCUGAGGGCUGGACCUACGUCAAGGGAGCUCUCGCCACUGUCGACCGUGAGUUUGGCUUCAUCGGAAAGCACCUCUUCCACGGUAUCAUUGAGAAGCACGUUGUUCACCAUCUCUUCCCUAAGAUCCCCUUCUACAAGGCUGACGAGGCCACCGAGGCCAUCAAGCCCGUCAUCGGCGACCACUACUGUCACGACGACCGAAGCUUCUUGGGCCAGCUGUGGACCAUCUUCGGCACCCUCAAGUACGUCGAGCACGACCCUGCCAGGCCUGGUGCUAUGCGAUGGAACAAAGACUAGAGCUCCGGGUCUGGUACUCGUACUGGUCUGAGGCAAAGUGCUAGGUUAUGAUAGACAAUUGUGAUAGACAUAAACGAUAGAUCAAGUUAGACACGACACGCGACAUACGCGAUUAGAAGAAACUAGACAAGCUAGAGCACUUGGCUUUCGCGCUUGGGACGCAACAAAAUGGAGUUUGUUUGUUAAACUGGAGAUUGACGGGAUUUGUUGAGUGAGCAAGUGAGGCACAGCCUGAGAUCCAUGAUUCAAUCCCCGCACUUGUCGCCUCCGG